UUGAGCGAGGACCUCCUGCAGGUGGAGAAGCGGCUGGAGCUGGUGAAGCAGGUCUCGCACAGCACGCACAAGAAGCUGGCGGCAUGUCUGCAGGGGCAGCAAGGCGUCGAUGCCGACAAGCGCUCGAAGAAGCUGCCCUUGACGACGCUGGCGCAGUGCCUCAUGGAGGGGUCGGCCGUGCUGGGGGACGACUCGCUGCUGGGGAAGAUGCUCAAGCUGUGCGGGGAGGCGGAGGACAAGCUGGCUCAGGAGCUCAUCCACUUCGAGCUGCAGGUGGAGCGGGACGUCAUUGAGCCGCUCUUCUUGCUGGCCGAGGUGGAAAUCCCCAACAUCCAAAAGCAGCGGAAGCACUUGGCAAAGCUGGUCCUGGACAUGGACUCAUCUAGGACAAGGUGGCAGCAGUCGGCCAAGUCGUCGGGUUCAUCCACCAACCUGCAGCCGUCAGGGGCCAAAGCGGAUGCUCUCAGGGAAGAGAUGGAGGAGGCAGCGAACAGAGUGGAGAUUUGCAGGGACCAGCUCUCCGCCGACAUGUACAGUUUUGUGGCCAAAGAAAUCGACUAUGCAAACUACUUCCAAACGCUGAUCGAAGUGCAAGCCGAGUAUCACCGCAAGUCGCUAGCGCUUCUGCAGAACGUGCUGCCGCAGAUAAAAGCCCAGCAGGAGGCUUGGAUCGAGAAACCCUCCUUCGGGAAGCCGCUGGAGGAGCACCUGGCCGUGAGCGGGCGGGAGAUCGCCUUCCCCGUGGAGGCGUGUGUCACCAUGCUGCUCGAGUGCGGCAUGCAGGAGGAGGGUCUGUUCCGUGUGGCUCCCUCCGCCUCGAAGCUGAAGAAGCUCAAGGCUGCCCUCGACUGCUGCGUCGUGGACGUGCAGGAGUACUCGGCGGACCCACACGCCAUUGCAGGGGCACUGAAGUCCUACCUGCGGGAGCUGCCGGAGCCCCUCAUGACGUUCGAGCUCUACGACGAGUGGAUCCAGGCCUCCAACAUCCAGGAGCAGGACAAGAGGCUGCAGGCCCUCUGGAACGCCUGUGAGAAGCUGCCCAAGGCCAACUACAACAACAUCAGGUACCUGAUCAAAUUCCUGGCACGGCUCACCGAGUACCAGGACAUGAACAAAAUGACGCCAAGCAACGUGGCCAUCGUGCUGGGCCCCAACCUGCUGUGGCCACAGGCAGAAGGGAACAUCACGGAGAUGAUGACGACGGUCUCCCUGCAGAUCGUGGGCAUUAUCGAGCCCCUCAUCCAACACGCCGACUGGUUCUUCCCUGGAGACAUUGAGUUCAACGUGACGGGCAGCUACGGCAGCCCCAUGCACAUCAACCACAACGCCAACUACAGCUCCAUGCCCUCCCCGGACAUGGACCACGCGGACCGCAAGCAGCACGACCAGGCCCGGCGGCCCCUCAGCGUGGCCACGGACAACAUGAUGCUGGAGUUUUACAAGAAGGAUGGCCUUAGGAAAAUCCAAAGCCCGGAUGAUGUGUCGUCUGCUUGGGUGGAUUGCUGCCGCAACUACCCCUCCCCCGAGGACGGCCGGGCCCCCCCCUUCCCCGGCUCCCGGCUCCCCCCUCGCCUGCCCUCCGGGGCUCCCCGUGCCACUCGCCGCAGCGGCCCCCCGCCGCCGUACCGCGGGCCCGGCACAUUGAAAACCAAGGAGCUUUCCCCCGUCUCUGGGCAGCAGAAGGGCAGCACGGUGCCCGGCGGCAGCGGGCAGCAGGCGUCCAGCCCCGGCGUGCAGCCAGCCCCGGAGCAGAGCCCGCUCGCGCUGCGCAAAGGUCUGAUCCAUUUUGAUAUCCCUUCCAUCCACGUAGAGAUUGAUGCCGCGCUGCGCCGGGACCCGCUGGAGCCACCGCAGAGACGUUCGAGAGCAGGGAAACUCACCUCGCAGGAGGAGGAGGAGGAAUCAGAAAGCACAGCCCUAUGA